AUGGAAAUGAAUGUGAGUGCAAGAAAAUUCCGUGCAACACACGAAGAAAAGGAUGAAAAGGAUUUGCACAAGGCACAUUCAAUAAAACAUUUUAGCGAAAUGAGAUCAAGCUUGAGUAUUUUGCGGAAAUACCUUGUUGGGAAGCGUUACAUCGUAUCUUCAUUUCGGUAUAAGAACUUGGCAGUAUACUGUGACGGAUCAUUUACAUUUGUUUAUGGCUUGGCAGAUAGAAACGGCUAUGCGGAAUAUACCAAGUCAGUGGAGAUUACAUGUUCUCCACAUCUCCCUGAAGAUGCAGAAAUCACUUCGAUGUCUUCCACGAACGAUGGAUCUCUCAUAGCUCUUUGCGGUGCAAAUGGAGUUUUCAUUGUCCGCGUGUCCACAGAUUUGUGGGCAUCUAAGUCGAACUAUGUUCCGCUCGACCAGUAUGUAUGCGAGCUUGAGCCAGUGCAUCCCACUCUUUUCGAGUCCGUGCGAUCUCCGAAAGUGGUGCAAGUAAGGUGGAUUAUGGCUGAUUCAUUCAACUGCUCUAUGCACUACCUCGCUGUUCUAUUUGAUGACAACCGAAUAAGAAUAUAUCAAGCAGAGAACGUAUAUGAUGUACCAAGCAUCGUUAUCGACUACUCGUUAUAUAUGUGUGCAUCUGAUCGGCCUUAUGAAGCUCCGGGUUCUAACUCUUAUGGAUUUUUCAAGUCCAUCGUGUCAUUUGACUGCGUUACCAUGCGAGAAUCUAAUCCUGUACUGUUUGCCAUCGAUUCCGAAGGAGAGUUAUUUUCCACUACGGUCAAUGUUAUUGGUAACGUCCAGCCUACUACGCGGCCGCUGGUCCCACCAUCUGCCUUGCCUUGUGACCCAGUUGGUAUUCAAGUCGUAGAACAUCCAGCUGGUGAAAUCUUCACUGUCUUAGCUGUCUUGUCGUCGUCGAAUGUGGUCUCCUUCGUCGUGGCUGUUCCUGAUGAAUCUUCUGUUCACAAUUUAUUUCUGCAUGAGCAAAUCCAGCUUGCUACAAAGCCUCGCCUAAAUUUAUGCUCGACACAACUUGAUUCUACUGUUAUCGUUGCUAAUAAUUCAUUAGUUUUACAUCUGGAUUUGUCAGAGUGGAUACACGAAUAUGCAAUGUUACUACAAGACCAAAGUGGAGCAAGCACAUGCUCAGCAUCCACGCAGGUGCGUGAACUGGUCAAUGUCACACCGAACACGGAGACAAAAAGCAUUUUGUGCAGCUGGGGUCCAAAUCAUGCUGUACAGUUGAUAUGCAAAUCAGGCAGCACACGAGGACCAACGACGGUUGUCAUUGCUUGCACGCAAGACCCUCCAUUGACAACAGUUUUCAUGAAAACAAGGGAUACGACAUCCUCCUAUGCGAAGUCCCAAACGCUGUCCGUACCCGUUGUCGCGCGAUCACCAUUGAACGAAGACGCUCUCAGGGCCAUCAUAGCCAAGAAAGAGCCCCUCCCGCAACUAACUACUGGCAAAUCGACACGAGAAUACCUGGAAAGUGUCGCCAACUUUUUCAACAUAGCGCACAAAAAUCAACUGAUAAUGGCUGCAGCCCUUGAACUGAGCCAUGAUAGAUUGGCAGACUUGACGAAAUUUGCCAAGCAGCUGACGGAAAAGCAAAAUGAUGUGAAUCAGCGACUGUUGAAAGUUCUUCGUCAAAACGUUUCACUCAAAGAUAAGAAAGAAAAGGUGCGGAGUGACAUGACAAAAUCAUUGCUUCGUGCUGACAGAGUCAUUGCCCGCUCUUUUGAUCGGAAAUUGAGUGGAGAAGAGACGAAGCUGUUGGCAACAGUGAAAGAAUGCCGUGCUAGGAUGCUCGGCUAUGCCAUGGAAACGUCGAAGUUGUCUCUGCAAGCUGCUGAGCUGCAAAGAGAAACGAGAGGCCCUGCUCGGCCAUUUACGGCAUCAAUUGGCGCGAGUAUAUUUGUGCUGCAGCACGGUCAGGAGGAAUUACUAGCCCUCAAGCGACGUCUGGAAAGUUUGUCCGCUAGAAUAGGGACGUCGUUAUGCGAUGUUGAAGAAAACAAGGAGAAUAUCGACAGUAGACACUAAUAUGUACGGGGAAAAAUGUGCUUUUACUGAAAUGGUGAUCUCUUUUUGCUAUGUAAUGAAUUUUAUUGCUUAUCAUGGGGAAACCAUACACAGCUUCGUAUCUUAAGACAGGGUCAUGUUGAUCUUGAACUUCAGGUUUGUCCGGAUCGUAUACAGUGCUGAAUUCAUUACUCCGGAGUAAGAUGCAAUUGAUUAAUGCAGCGAAUUUGCAGAAGAUGCAAUUUUUCUCUUCUAGCAACACAUGAUUAAAUUCAAAACAGUGACCUAGGAUGAUAGUAGAAUUUCCACUCAAUAUAGUGCGCUCGCACUGCAAAUGAAAUGCGGUAA